AUGUCGACCUACGCGAUCCUUGGCGCCACCGGCAACUGUGGCACUGCUCUCAUCGACAACCUGCUGCGCACCAACGAUGCGCGAAUCAACGCCUAUUGUCGCAACAAGGCCAAGCUGACCCAAAAGGUGCCAGCCGUCGCCGACAACAAGCGCGUCACGGUCUACGAAGGGAGCAUCUACGACAUUGACCUGCUGGCCGAAUGCAUCCGCGACGCCCACGCCAUCUUCCACGUGGUGACGACCAACGACAAUGUGCCCGGCUGCCACGUCGGCCUGGACACGGCGAAGAGCAUCAUCGCCGCGAUCGAGAAGCUGAAGGUUCACGGCCAGCUGCGCCCACCCCUCCCCAGAAUCGUCCUUCUCUCCUCCGGCACCAUCGACGACCAUCUCAGCCGCCACAUGCCGUGGUGGUUCCGGCCCAUCCUUCGCACCGCCGCCUCGCACGUCUACGAGGACCUGCGCAGGACGGAGGCCUACCUCCGGGCGCAGGCAGACCUGGUGUCCACGAUUUUCAUCAAGCCCGGCGGGCUCGCUGUGGAUGCGCAACGCGGCCAUGAGCUGAAUCUCGACCACGACGAAUCGUUCGUCUCGUACCUCGACCUGGCCGCGGGGAUGAUCGAGGCCGCGGAUGACGAGGAC